AUGUCCACCAAGACCACAGCCUACAAUUUAGGCGUUGGGUUGAUCGUCGCUAUUGGAAGCUUAACGUAUGGCUUUGGCUUCGCUUCAGUCGCAACCAGUAUCGGCCAGCCUGGAUUCUAUCUUUACUUCAACUUAUCGACGACUGGAUCAGGUGCUGCAUAUACAAACCACAUCCUUGGAGCUCUGAACGCGCUCUUCUUCUUCGGAGCAGCAGUUGGCGCACUCUCAAUUGGUCCUCUAGCUGAUGCUAUUGGGCGAAAGAAAGGACUGGUAUAUACAAGUGUCCUGGCAUGCCUUGGUGGCGCUCUCGCAGCUGGCAGCGUCCAUAUCGCUAUGCUCAUCGUCUUCCGUAUCGUUCAAGGCUGCGGUCUUGGUUCUCUUGCUACCUUGGUCCCUAUCUAUCUGUCAGAAACAUCGACGCCCAGAAAGCGUGGUAUGUUGACGGGUUUACACGGCUUUUUCCUGGUCUGUGGCUACAACCUCGCGGCCUGGGUUGGAGUGGGCUGCUUCUUUGCCAAAAAUCUCACUUUCGGCUGGCGAGCACCUAUCGCUUUAACUGUCCUUCCACCUCUGAUCCUCCUGAUCGGCACAUUCUUCGUCCCCGAGAGCCCUCGCUGGCUGAUCAUGAAGGACCGCUCCGACGAAGCAUGGACCAUCCUUAGUCGUCUGCACAAGACUGUUGGUGGGGAUGAUGAUCCUGCGGCACGUGCAGAGUUCUACCAGAUGAGAGAACAGAUCGUCUUUGAGAACGCCAAUCCAAGUGGCUAUUGGGCCAUCUUGACCACGCGAAAGUAUUUCAAGCGCGCAUUCUUGGCCUGUUUCAUUCAAUUUGCCGCCCAGUCAUCUGGGGGUCUCACCAUCAGCAGCUACAGCGUGAUCAUCUAUACGGACCUAGGACUUACCGGCGUCCUGCCGUUACUCAUGUAUGCCAUCUACACCUUGAUUGGAGCACUCGGCAAUCUGGGAUCUCUACUCACAAUUGAUAAAACGGGACGGAGACCUGUACUUAUUAUCGGCUUAGCAGGGUGCCUCGUUGCGUUGAUCAUUGAAACGGCUAUGGUGGCUAAAUACGUCGAUGUCCCGAAGCCUAAUCCUGGGGGCCAGAAGGUGGCUGUCUUCGCCUUCAUGCUCUUUGUCUUCUUCUACGGUCUCUUCCUCGAUGCGGCAUCAUUCAUCUACUCAUCAGAGAUAUAUCCGACAAAUGUUCGUGCUCGAGGUGUGGCUCUCGCAACCUUCACGUACUUCGCAUUUUGUAUUGCCUAUGUCACCCCAGGAGCGACUGCUCUUGCUGCAAUCGGAUGGAAAUACUUCCUUGUCUUCGUCUGUGUGACUUUCUUCAGCGUCUUGGUUGUGGCAUUCUUCUACCCCGAAACCAAGGGCAAAUCUCUUGAGGAUUUGGCAGAGCUCUUUGGUGAUCCGGUUGUUGUGCAUUUGACAGACCUGGACACAGCGGAGAAGUCGGCUUUGGAAACAGUCAACCAGGUGGAGACAAUCAAUCAUACUGAGCAAUCGAGCCAACUCGCUGCUGAACCUCGUCUCUCUGCUUGA